AUGUCCAGACUCCACAAGCCUCGAGCCUUGAAGCCGCUCAGUCCCGACACGCGGAGGGCAAUUUUAAAGUAUGUCUCGGAGCUCUAUGGCCCUCUUAAUGACACCAGGCCUGAAGACCAGGAGCCCAAGGAGGCAGAGCCCAAGGCCCAGGAGGCAGAGGUGGCUCCUCCUGUCACACCGGAAGUCCAUCCUGAGGAGCAGGAUGCAGAGCUGGAGGCACCUCCACCUCCAGAGCUUUCACCACCUCCAGCAGCCUCUCCAGCUGCAGCUGUGGAGCCAGGGCCGGCCCCAGACCAAACCGAGGCCCCACCACCACUGGAGGAAGAACCCUCCCUGGAGCCCAUGCUGGUUCCUGCCUCAGAGCAGGAGCUGCCUGUGGAGGGCCCAGCUCAAGGGCCCAAGGCACCAGCCCAGGAGGCUGAGGCGGCUGCUCCUGUCACACCGGAAGUCCAUCCUGAGGAGCCGGAUGGAGAGCUGGAGGCACCUCCACCUCCAGAGCUUUCACCACCUCCAGCAGCCUCUCCAGCUGCAGCUGUGGAGCCAGGGCCGGCCCCAGACCAAACCGAGGCCCCACCACCACUGGAGGAAGAACCCUCCCUGGAGCCCAUGCUGGUUCCUGCCUCAGAGGAGGAGAUGCCUGUGGAGGGCCCAGCUCAAGGGCCCCUUGUUAAAUGUGCUCACGCUGUCAUAAGGGCAAAACUUGAUAUUUUCCUUGUCUUUUCUUUUUUUCUUUUGUUGUCUUUUUGUUCUCCACAGCAUGAUACAAUUUUUCAUCUUUUGAUUUUUAUUAUUUUGCGGUUUUGGGGAUUUUUUGCCUUUAUUAUUUUCUCUUUUCUUUUUUUCGUCUUCAUUUCUCCAUUGUAUAAUCCUGUUUAA